AUGAUAAUAGCUAAAACAUUACUAGUUUUUUCAUUUUUCAUUUCACAUUCAUAUCAACUUAAUAAUGGUCUUGGAAGAACACCUCAAAUGGGAUGGAAUAGUUGGAAUCAUUUUGGAUGUAAUAUCAAUGAGAAACUUAUUCAACAAACAGCUGAUGCAAUUGUAGCUACAGGUCUUGCUGCAGCUGGAUAUGAAUAUGUAAAUAUGGAUGAUUGUUGGCAAGUGAGUAGAGAUGCUCAAGGUGUCAUUCAAGCUGAUCCAAAAGCAUUUUCAAGUGGAAUUCCAGCUCUGGUAGAUUAUGUUCAUUCAAGAAAACUUAAGUUCGGACUUUAUUCAGAUGCUGGAUUUAAAACAUGUGCUGGUCGACCUGCUUCAUUACAUUAUGAAACUAUAGAUGCAAAAACUUAUGCUUCAUGGAAUGUAGAUUAUUUAAAAUAUGAUAACUGUAAUACUGAUGGAAGUAUUCCUGAAUUAAGAUAUCCUGUGAUGCGAGAUGCAUUGAAUGCAAGUGGAAGACCUAUCUUUUACUCUAUGUGUGAAUGGGGUGUUGAUUCACCAGCUCUUUGGGCAGCAGAUGUUGGUAAUAGUUGGAGAACAACAGGUGACAUUUCUGAUAACUGGGAUUCGAUGAUCCAUAAUAUUGAUAUUAAUAAUGAAUUUGCCGAUAAAGCAGGACCUGGUGGUUGGAAUGAUCCUGAUAUGCUUGAAGUUGGAAAUGGUGGUAUGACUGUUGAUGAAUAUGUUUCACAUUUUUCACUUUGGGCAAUUAGUAAAUCACCACUUCUUAUUGGAUGUGAUGUUAAUAAAAUGAGUAAUACUACUCUUUCAAUUCUUACAAAUUCUGAAGUAAUUGCUGUCAAUCAAGAUUCAUUAGGUGUUCAAGGAAAAAAAGUUGCUUUUCAAUCAUCACAAUCACCGAACGCAACAAGUGAUGUUGGUAUUACUACAUGUGCAUCAGACAUAUCAAAUAUUCAACCAGCACGUCUACAAUGGGUAUAUAAUGCUCAAGAUGGAUCGAUUCGUUCGGCAUUGAAUAAAAAAUGUCUUUCAAUUGAAAAAUGUAUUACUGCUGAAGGUGCAAAUAUUGUAUUGAGUGAAUGUCAGAUUAAUGAUCCACAAGCACAAUGUCAAGGAAAAAAUCAACAAUGGACAUUUAAUACAAGUGAUGGAAGUAUUGUUUCAAAAAUGAAUGGAAAAUGUUUAGAUGUAUUUAAUUUUGAUGGACCAAAUGUAGAUGCAUUUUCCUGUAAUAAACAAGAUAAUCAACAAUGGAUAUUUAAUACAACUGAUGGAAGUUUUCGUAGUAAACACAAUGGUAAAUGUUUAACACAAGUGCAAGAACUUGAAGUAUGGGCAGGACCACUUGCUGAUGGUUCAGCAGCUGUCGUUUUACUUAAUCGAGGAAAUACAAGCGAACCAAUUACUGUUCAAUGGAGUGAUAUCGAUUUUCCUGCUCGUGAUUCAGCUGUUGUUCGUGAUUUAUGGGCUCAUAAAGUUAUUGGAGCAUUUCGUGGUAAUUAUACAUCACCAAAUAUAGAACCACAUGCAGUAAUGAUGCUGAAAAUUACACUUUUUCAAUAG